AUGUUUUUCAGCUUUUUUGUUCUAGUUUUGCUGUCGAUUGCCGUAUUUUUGCCACAGCCUCCUGUCCAAACACGUGAAAUUGACCUAGAGCCCCUAACUGCAUUGCAUCAGACAGUCACUGAGUUGGGUGGAGAUGACAAAGUAUCUAAUGGAUUCGCGAGUCAAUGCGAUCCAUGCGGAAUUCUGCGCCACCAGCUGAAGCGGGCACAAUAUUUGAGAAUGGGCAAGAGGGCUCAGUACAUGAGAGUCGGUCGCUGA